GGGCGCGCGCCGCUGCCCAGCCCGGCCGCCCGGCCGUGCAGAUAGAUGGUGGCUCCGCGACCACCGUCACCCGCCCGGGGGCCCGCGCUCCUGCUCCUGCUCCUGCUGGCCACCGCGCGAGGCCAGGAACAGGACCAGACCACCGACUGGAGGGCCACGCUCAAGACCAUCCGCAACGGCAUCCACAAGAUCGACACGUACCUCAACGCCGCGCUCGACCUGCUGGGCGGCGAGGACGGGCUCUGCCAGUACAAGUGCAGCGACGGAUCGAAGCCUUUUCCACGAUACGGAUACAAACCGUCCCCACCAAAUGGAUGUGGCUCUCCAUUGUUCGGUGUUCAUCUGAACAUCGGCAUCCCUUCCCUGACCAAGUGCUGCAACCAGCAUGACAGAUGCUACGAGACCUGUGGCCGGAGCAAGAACGACUGUGACGAGGAGUUCCAGUACUGCCUCUCUAAGAUCUGCCGUGACGUGCAGAAGACCCUAGGCCUUGCUCAGCACGUGCAGGCGUGUGAAACGACGGUGGAGCUCCUGUUUGACAGCGUCCUACAUUUGGGCUGCAAGCCAUACCUGGACAGCCAGCGAGCCGCGUGCUGGUGCCGUUACGAGGAAAAAUCGGAUCUGUAAGGAAGUCGGGGACGCCUGAUGAGCGACGAGAGUGGAGGACAGUUAAAGGACUGCCUGAAGCGGCCUUACUUCUGUGAUGGGUCAUUUUAAGACCUUCCUAGACUGUGUUUUGAUUUGAAAACCUCCGAGUGGAAAGGGGUGGGGGGCGGGAAGAAGUGGAGAGAAGAGCGUGCUCGGGACUGGGGGUUCGUAGAGAAGCAAGCAUACUUGCCUUCAUGGGUGUUGCCGUCUCGGUGGCUCCCCCAAAAACAGGAAGGAAAGCUUGGAGACUGUGUGACUAGGUUUUCAUAGAGGUACUUAACAAUAAAAAUGAGAGCAGAUGUAAAAUUCGUUGUAAGGACUUUCCAACAUUAUUUUGAAAUAUAGGACAAUCUUCCCUUAGAAGUACUAUUUACUUUGAAAUUUGAAAUGUGCACUCACGCAGAGAGGAAGGAACUGCUGUUUCUCUAGAGCCUUCUGAGAUAGGAUAUAUUGUGUUGGUCCAGCAACAAAGCCUCUCAGUGUGCAUCGCUUGCUUGUACAGUUGGAACCCUGGCCGGUAUCUCUCUUCAGGGACAACCCAGGACACCUAAGUAUUGUGAUGUGAACAAUAUUCAGAGACCUGGCACUUCCAUUUCACAAAGUAAAUGUCAUCUUUUCCUAGCAGUCCUAGAAAAGAUGGGUUUAAUGAGGCAGAUCAGAGCACUAUAUGCUGUUGGGUUUGAUGUUUGUUCCCCAAUACCCAUUCCUCGUCUUAGAUUCUGGAGUAUUUUUAAAAGAUUGACCUUUUACUAAUAAUGGAGAUCUCAAUAAAAGUUAUUCUUGAUAA